GAAGGCAAUCUGUGUAGACAACGGUUAGUUGUUCAGCCCAACGGCGACGACAUGAGUAUCGCUGUAGUGUUACUGUCCAUGUUCGUCUAAGAUUUUUGCCGAAGGACAGUACUUUUAUCGAGCUCUUAGUAAAAUGGUUUAAUUCUUUGUCUAUGUAUUCGUUUAAGACAGACCAUUGCCUGUCGGCUUCUCAGUUGGCCCAACAGAUGUAGUCUGACUCUAGAGAAAAACCAAACCCCAUGGGAAACCUGCACAAGAAAGGGGGAGAACAGGCCAAUUCUUAAAAGUUGAGAGAAUUACAUCCGGUCUGUGUACAGGACCUUGCGGGACACCUCUUGUUUUUCCUGGAAUAGUUGGGUCACUGGAAAGUUUUCACAAUUGCCCCCCAAGCUUCACCCUUGUACUCCGGCAAGCACUCGUCUGCCUCCAGGGCAUCAAGAGAGACCCAGGGUCUCCAGUACAGUUUCACCAACAGGACAGCUGGGAUGAGUGAGUUCUGGCACAAGAUCGGCUGCUGCGUUGUGGCCAAACCUCCGCCGAGGAAAAGGCGGAGGAAAAUUGAUUGCAGCAUGAUUGGCGAGCCCACAAACUUUGUUCACCUGACACACAUAGGCUCUGGAGAGAUGGCCAACGGACUCCAGCUGUCAGGGUCAGUCCAGGAGCAGAUGAGAUCUAAAGGCCCCAGUUCCAAUGGACGUAGAAGCAUGUCAUAGCUGUUUGCUACUGUGUACCUCCAGCAAUGGUGAAGAGGAUCAUUGGAUGGCCUUCUUCAUGUUUUCCUUGUCCAAUGAGAUAGCUGUGCUCCUUAUGCUUUGCAAAACUGGAAAACAUUUGGGAAGUUUGUGCUUUUCUGUGGGUUCCACAGGAUCUCUUUUGUUAGAUUUGUCCCACCGAUGGAUUUUCAGCCAUUGAGCACCUUUGUAUUUUUGUCUGUGCAUGAGCUGCUGAACUUGCAUACUGCAAAUAAUGACUGGUUCUGGAGAUGUCCAUAAGACUAAUAUCAUGUUUAUAUUUGUUUAAAAAACAUCUGAAUGUCCCAGUCUAUAUUCUUACUGCUUAUCCAAGCAGGAUAGAAGAUCAAACGUCUAUCACCUAGGCCAGCUAAGAAAUGUUUAUUCUCUUUUUCAAUUAAAUGUUUUUGUCCACCCAU